UCAGAACACAAACUGAACUCAAGAGGGUCAUUUUUAAAUGAAAGAAAACAGCAGCUAUUCAUGACCUUGACCAGGAUUCAUCAUUUUUAUUUUUGUAAGUAACUACUCAGCAGAAAGCAGCAGGACGGAGUGGAGCGGAUUACUGCCACUGCACAGGAACUAAAGCUACUCCUUGUAGCAGACGUUUGCAGUCACAGAGGAGGAAAAUAAGAGCAUAGUCAACUAAUGCAAUCUUAAAUUAUGGAUGACAGGCAAAUAAAGGAAACAUGCACAAUACUGCACUGCACUCACAUAGAAAACGCAAACUCUCAUUGGUCCGCAAGACUCCUGUUGUUUUCUUUCUUCACAUUUGAGGCACGGGAAGAAGAAAAGGGUGAUAAUCAAGCAACAAAAUGAACUUACUGUUACUGGAUGUUGAACCACUCCAGGCCUGGAUGGAGGUUACAUAGAAAGUACAAAGGUGAAAGCUGUAGUUCACAGACAUGCUGAGGAGUUCAGUCAAUCAGCAGCCAAUGAUGGACACCUGCACGUUGUUGCCGUCUUUAUCUGGGAUUGGCUACAGAGUAUUUGCUUUCACCUUUAAUCUGCACUCUGAAAGAAGAAGAGAAUGGUUCAGCUGACUAAUAAGAUGGCUUCUUGGAGCUUUGCAAGCCAGCUGCUCCUCGUUGCUCUGCUAAGCUGGACAGUCUGUUGCUUCCCUGCUAGAGGAGGCUCGGCCCAGAGUCAUUCUUAUAGGGACGUGAAUCCUGGCUUCCCUCCUCCACCCACUAAUAUCCAUGAUCCUGCUGUUUCAUACCUGGUGGAUCGACGUCAUCCUCCCUCUGGCUUCCCUCCUCCAUCCAGUAAUCUGAACAGCCCUGCUGUCUCCUACCUGACGGAUCGACAUCAUCCUCCACCCAACUUCCCUCCUCCACCUACUGAUAUGAAUGAUCCCGCUGUUUCAUAUCUGGUAGAUCGACAAAACCCGUCUGGCUUCCCUCCUCCUUCCAGUAAUGUGAACGGUCCUGGUGUGUCGUACCUGGUGGAUGGUCCUGUAACCUCCUCAUCAGCCUACGUGGAGCCCGGACCCGGCAUUCUCCCUGUUCCCCCUGUAUAUCAGGGAGGAGAGCGUGAACGCUUUGCAGGAAAUGUUGAGCACGGUAACUCAGAAAGGGAAACUGAGGAGCUGGGCCUUCUGCGUUCCCCUCGUCAUGUGCAACGCAUUUACCAGGGAGGCGAGUUGAGUAACUACGCAUUCAGCUUUGAGCACGGAAAUUCAGAAAGGGAAUCGCAAAAUCAAGGUUUCAGGCCAGGGCCUCCUUUCGGUGUAGCUGAGCAGCAGAGUGGAUUCACAACUGGUGGAGGCCUCAUGCAGUCUCUUCCACGGCCCUGGAGACUGUCUCCACCAGGUGACUUAUACUUCUUCCUCACUGGUCCAGCUUCCUCCUGGCAUACUGUCCCACUUCCGUACAGAGCAUGAGGCUGGCAGAGAUCACUGGAAUAGCAACCAUUAUGAGAGACACAACAUCCAAAUUACUGAAAACCCAGGCACUCCUGGUGGAGUCCAGCAGCAGAUCAGCUACUUUCCCACAGUUUAACAGGACUCCUGCUAAAAUGAAAUGUGAAUAAUAAAACCUACGUGGAAAAAAAAAAACUUGAGUUUGCAGUG